CGAUUUUGACUGCAUUGCCCACUGACACCAUAUUCUGCUCGCUUUGCUGGUUUUGAUGCAAGCCAUGGAUUUGCACCCACAUAGUCAGCUUUUCCAUAAGAAUAUCUUUCGGGUUUCCUCUUCCGUUGUACUUUUCAAUAGCUGUUAGAGUAUUGGACAAGCUCCAUGGUUUGUCCCUCCAGAUUCUCUCCCUUGUUUCCUCAUUAUUGAAAGUGAAUAAGAAGAUGUUUUGAGAGUCAGUAGGUUGAACAUUCAUCUCUCCAUACCCUCCCCAAGCAUAGCGUGUUGCACCUGUCGCCUUUGCCAGAGCCACCUUAUUCUCUGUCAACAUCUUCCCAGCAACAUAGCCAUUCCCCUGCCUCCUGAAGAUGAAAGGUUUGGGCGACCACCUCUGCCUCUUGCAGAAGAUGGUAUGAGGAUGCUCUCCCCUCUUGGUUUUGUUUGGAACUCUGCUUCUAUUGAUAUCCAUGGGAUACAGUGGGUAAUUCAUGGUUUAAGUGAUUGUGUUUUUGCAGGGGAUAGAAGAUUGAAAUUCAGGUAGCAGACGGUGCGGAGGUGAAGAUUUCUUAUGCAGAUAGGUCCGCUUCUUCCAUCUAUUUUGGCCUCUUUAUGGAUUCUCCACCGUAGGUGUGCUUCACCGCCCUUUUGUUGUUGGUGGUUGUCUCUCUUGUCAAAGCAUUCAUUAUACGUAUCUUUACUAAUUCUAACCCCCCUCUGCUUAUUCCUAUCCGUGGCAAGGCACUUGGCUCAAGGCUCCGUCCUCCCUGUCAUCGAUUAUUUCCAGAGAUUGUAGAGUAGAUCCUCCUAGAUCUUCUAUUCCGUCAUAUCCCUCUUCUCUUCCUCUUACUCUAACAUAGUAAAGUUGACUCCCAAAAGUCUGGUGGCUUCCAAAUUGUUCCUUCCCAAAAUCCAGAACAGAGCUUCCCCUGUGUUGUCCAAUCCCUUUUAGAAUCUCUACUGUUGGGGGUUGAAUACUUCUACCCAACUCUUGUUGGUCAUAAGUAUGGCAUACAUCAUUACUAAGAUCCGUUGGAGAGUAGAGGGAAAAGUUAUGUUAGAGAGAGAGAGAUGAGACAGACAUUGGGUUAAUUCACUAAGAUCAACAACUCAGAGGAUUGGUCUCUUGUCAUCCUUGUAAGAAAAUCCUAAUUUAAUUAUUCGAAAGUCAAGGUGCCCUAGGUUGCUCUGAGACCAAGACAAGUACAAACUAAACAUGCAACCAAUAUAAAACACAUAUAUUGAGUUAUCUAUGAAGGUUUUCAUGACCUAUUUCAAUCUAAUAUCCUCUCCAGUAUUAUGAUAAUUUUCACCUUUAGAGGUGCACUAGGUGGCAUACGAAUAGUUAAACACUCAUACUGUCACGAUUACCCUUUGAAACUAAUACUCAAAUUGGUGUUCAUUUUCCGUACGAAAAGUUGGUUACCAUCAAUCCCAUAUAGAGGAAACAGGGGCGGCCAGCUCUUAGGCUUCGUGUACAGCGGAGGAAAAGAGGCCCUCGGAGACAGAGUAGAGUAACUCUUGCCGGUGACGGCAAAAUCAAAGAAAACCUGACGGUAAGUCUGUGAGGGGUUCGUUUGGUUUUGAUUUUUCUUGUUUAUUGCCAAUUCUGACUAUGAUAUCUUUGUUUAUUGCCAAUUCUUUGAUUUGGAAAGUGGUUUAUGGUAUUGAUGCUUGAUUGCGUUGGAAUGAGGUGGAGCAUGCCAGGUAAGAAAGUUAAAAAACAGAAUACAGAGCAAAAUAUGGAAUUAUGUUUGCAAUACAUUUAGAUAGAAGUAUAUAAAUUAUGAAAAGUGAAAUGCUAGUUGACAGAAAGUAAAGAACUCUUAUUUUUCUAGAUUAUGAUUCUGCCAACAUAUGGUUUGCUAGUACUGUAAAGAAAACUGAAAAUGAGAUGAUUAUGAUGAUUGAUAUAGAUGGUUAAAAACCUUUCUCUUUGUAGUUUGGGGGUGAUUGCUCUUUUCCCAAACUUUGCUUGCUGUCUUGUUGCUGCUUCCUUCUUUGUAGUUUCGUUGUUGUAUGUGUUGGUGUCUGUUUUUUUGUGUAAGCUUCCUUUAGCAGUGGGUGUUCUUAGUCUGAUUUGGAUACUGGGAUUUUUCAUAAUGGUGUGUUCUUUGGAUGCUGUUUGUUUGUGUGGGUUUAUGAGCUGGUAUAAGAACAAAGAAACUCUGAAGGGUCUUUGUUCCGUCUUUUUCUGAGUAGUUAACAAGAAGGAAAAAAUUAGAGUAUUUUGCUGAGAUUUAUUGCUCUUUCUUUCUGUCUAUUUUGGUUUUGGUUGAGGAAGGGAAGUUUUAAAGAGUUCUUCUCUGUUUUUUUAGAACAAUAAGAAUAGGAAGAAAGAACCCCAUGUAAGGAAAAAGGAAGAUCCCAAAGAAGAAGCCUGCUGUUUUUCUCUACUGUUGGUGGGUGAGGAAGAAGAAAAAAGAAAGAAAGAAAGAAAGAGGAGGAAGAAGAAGAAAGCCGACCCUUAUGAUGAAGGGAAGUAAAAAGCGUGGGGAAGAAGAAAGAGAAGUGAGCAGAGGCAUGGAGAAGAAGAAGGAAAUCACCAGCCUAUUUUUUGGGAAUCGGUCCGGUCCACAGAAGCUGUCGUGAGAUAGGGGUUUUUUUAUUAUAUGAGAGCCAGCUUGUUCCCCAAGUAUGGAACAGUGUUGGAGUUGGGUCGGACCGGGUGGGUUUGGUCGGACCAGUCUGGGUUUGGUUGGACCAAUUUCUGACCAGUUUGACUUUGUCUACUAGGCCUGACCAGGUUGACUUUUGGGCUUGGUCCAAAUUGACUUUGGACUUUGAUUUAGGCCUAAAUUUAUUUUAUUGUUGUAUUGUGUUUGUAAAUUUAAUGUAAUAACUAUUUAACAAUGAUUAUGUGAUGGCAUUGUGCUUGUAGAAUUAUUUAUAUUUGAUUUAAUUCCAAUUAAGUUUAGUACCCAAUCAUUGCAAGAGCCGAAGUCUUAGCAUCAAUUAUAUGAUCAUCCGAUUUGUUUAACCGAAGCAUGUCAAUACUAUCAAAUUGUACUGUGAUUUGCAAAAUGCUAAUCGCAUUAUUCCAAAUUAAACCAAAUAAGAUUUGUUAUUGUGAUCUCAUUCAGUUAUGACAAACAAAACUCAAUCGAAGCGCUACAAAUAUGUUUUAGCUUGAAGAUCAUUUAAGAUUCGCUAUUGCAAAUCUUCAAUACAAACUAAAUUUUGUUUAAUUAAAUUGGUUUUAACCCGGACAAAAAGUGGUGUCUACAGAAGCAAUCAAUCGUCUUGGUACAAGCAGAAUUUAAUUCUAAAACAGGGCAGCCCCUAUUUAUGCUUUGCAGGUGCUGUUCGUAGCUAGAUUGCGAUGGAAAACGUGGUUGGAGCUAAGCAAUUGAUAGAGGGAAGUUCCAAGGCCCAACAACCUCGAUUUUGUGGCAAAGAAAAGCCUCCAGCAGUCGUCAUCAAGUAUAGAGAGUCCGACGAAUAGCGAGACAAUUUGUUUCACAGUCGAUGCUUGGUCGAAGGGAAAUUAUUAUCGCUCGUGAUCAACGGAGGCUCCUGUGCAAAUGUCAUAAGUCUAAACGCGGUCCAGAAGCUCGGAUUAACGACACAAAGGCAUCCAGAGCCUUACCAACUCGGCUGGAUCAACAAACACAGUACGAUUAAUGUCACGAAGCAAAUCGUAGUUCGUUUGCAAAUCGGCGGUUACGAAUACGAGGUUAAUUGCGAUGUGGUGCCAAUGAAUUGUGUUCAUAUGAUGUUGGGAAGACCGUGGCAAUUUGAUCGCGAAGUUGCUCAUGAUUUUCGAAUACAUCAAUUCAAAUUUUGGCAUUACGGUAGGAAGAUAGUUCUGAAACCUCUUUUGCCGGAUGAAGUUUAUGGUGAUUUGAAGCAGAUGGAGGAGAAUAGGAACGAGGGAAAGAGCGUUCAAGCUCAGUUGUGGGUUCAGAGACGAGUGGGCUUCAGUUUCAUGAGCUUUAGGAAGCUUCAAAAGGAAGAUUUUUUACCUGAACCCACUGCCCAGAACGUCCCCUGUUCUAUUUCCGCAAAACAGAGUGUCGCGUUUCGUAGCUUGGCCAACGACGAAGGAGGACAGCCGGAGUCCGACACAGCUAGAAACGAGUCAUUGGAGGUUGGAGGAACGACUAUGAAUCGAGGGAAAGCUCCUAAUCCUGUUGAAGAUGAUCGACUUCCUCCGUCGACGAGAUUGCCGCAAAUCAGCCAUGUUCCCGCGGAGCAGAGUAAGAGAGAGAACCAAUGGGAUGGACUCACUAGCAAUUAUUCGAACUUUGCCACCAUUGCCAAAACUCUUGCUCCGACUCCAGAAACGUUAGAAGAAGCCUCGUUGGAUUGGAAUGCACCUGGAUUUGACGAUCCAAUCGUCAAGAAAACGCCUCUGUUUUUUACGAAAAGCGAGGACAAGGACCCUCUCUUGGAUGGAGCUAUCCAGCUCGAUUUGAGAAAAUCCAACGUCGUAGAAUCAUCACAUGAGGUACGAGGAAUGAUUAAAAGCAUUCAAUUUGUCCCGACGAAGUAUGAAUCUAAAACGCCCAAUUUCCAAUUGAGAUUUCUGGGUUUCGAAAUUUUGAAUGUGGCCGACGGCGGGAAUGUAAAACUCAUCGAUUUGACGAUGAUGGUGAUGACUCGAGCUAUGGGAAGGUUCCAAAAUUACAAUUGGAAGCCUGAGAAUCGUGUGGAGUAGGUGAAUUGGAUUGGGGAUGCCUCAAUUCAAAACCCCCCAAUUUGUUUGAGCAAGAACGUGUACGAGAGCGACGUCCAACGACCUGGGUAUUGUUCCGAUCAAAUUCUGGCAAAAUUGAAUGAUGAGGUAGGUGUAUUUCAAACCCAGAAAUUAUUUACAACAUCUAUGAAAUCUUCAAAGGUCGCGGAAGACAUCGAAGCUAAAUUUGACGUUGUCAAUUUUCUGUAGAAUAACAUGUUUGAGCAGCCCACUUUCGAUUCAAUUUGGGAUCAAUUUAUUCUACGAAUCGAUAAAAGAAAGGCCAAAGUGUUGAGGGCAACACUUUUUCAAGAGGGAGGGUCUGAUAUGAUCCCAAAUUGUCAACCAUUCACGUCACAAUUACUUGACAAAGAAACUAUUGAAGUUGGG